CAGAAGUCCCUCUGUUAACGCAGCAGAUACAACGAGUUUCAGUGACAAACAUGUCGGACAAGAAACAGACUGUGGAUUUGGGAUUAUUAGAGGAGGACGAUGAAUUUGAAGAAUUUCCAGCAGAGGAUUGGACGGGUCUGGAUGAGGAUGAAGACGCCCACGUGUGGGAAGAUAACUGGGACGAUGACAACGUAGAGGACGACUUUUCCAACCAGCUCAGAGCUGAGCUGGAAAAACACGGAUACAAGAUGGAGACGUCGUAGCCGUAACAGUGUUUAGACUUCCCCCUUGGCAUAGGUCGUCCUCAGCCCUUAACACUGCAGGAGGGGAGGAUGCAGAUUGUUCAUUUGAUUCUUGUUGUUCUUCUUAUUUUUUGUAGGAAACCAUAAAAAGUAAAAUGUUGAGAAGGAAAUUUGA